AUGGCUUCUCCAGAUCAACUGGCUCAAGGAUCAUGCUUCAACUGCCGUCGUCAGAAGCAGCGAUGCGAUAGGCUCCUCCCGCAAUGCUCCCGCUGCGCAUCAAAGCGAGUUACUUGUGAUUACAAAGCAACACCUCGCUCCCAGCGAAGCAUAUUUUCGCCUGGGACCCAGGUAGAGCCUGUCGAGCUGGUACAUCUCAGAGACUCUUGCAGUUUCGACUUGUCCCCACUGGCUGAACGCUACUUGGUAUGGGCGGCUUGUGAGAGCGACACCGACGGGGGGGAUGAGAGCAGUCACGGCCAGCCCACGCUAUCCAGUCUUAUCCAGGAUAUCUUCACUGCAGGGGGCGUUGACCUGCGCACCACGAUUGAGACAUACUUUUCCAUUGCGCACAACUGGCUUCCGAUACUGGAUAAGGAGCAGCUCUAUUUUGAUACAAGUCAGCUUCUCGGACGUCCUGACUAUCAGAAUGAUGUUCUUGCGCUGCUAUUGCUUUGCAUCUAUAUCUUCAUACAGCCGCCGUGCCAGCACCCAAACCAUUCCGUCAAAACUGCUUUGUACCGCACUGCUAGUCGCAUGUUCUUUCUCCUUCAGCUAUCUUCUCACGGAUCAGAUAUUGGCCUACUUCAAUCUGGUCUUUUGCUCGUUACAUACGGACUUGGUCAUGGAUUGAGCAAGGAUGCUUAUGGAACUCUCAGUGUGUGCACGAGUCUCGCACAGCAGCUCAGUCCGGCCGAGAGUAAGCUAGAUGAGUGUAGCCAAGUCAAGGGGCCAAGACCCGAGAUAACGAAACUUGACCUGUGCUGGAGCGGGAUCAUACUGCUUGAUAGUACCAUCACACUAUCCCACUUCGAACCCCGCAUACCACAGUUCGUUGGCCUCAACCGUCGAUUUGUAGGUCUCGCAAUUGGAGAGGCGGAGGAGGAGGACCUUUACGGCGAUGACGUAUCUCGCAAGUUUGUAGCACGAGCACAAGCCGCUUUACGCAUAGGUAAAACCCUUAAUGCCGUGGGCAAGUCAUUUCCACUUUGCGAGACUGUAGCCAUGGCUCUCAGCGCGUUGGCCAUUUUGUACUCUCUGCAGAAUCCCCAGAUAUCCGCACAUAGCAGUCCUGAAACACGAUCUGCUGUUCAAUGCGUACACAAUAUGAUAUUCGACACGUUUCACACUGAGGGCGAGAUUCUCCGCAGCAGAGGCUGGAGAAAUACCAGCCGGCCCUGCUUUCUUGGCAUAUGCUGUCUGCAGGGCGCUGCCAUUCGGGUGGAUAGACUAUAUGUAGGUGGUCUUACGAGUGAGCACUUAGAGGAACUUCGAUGUACUCUUGAAGCGUUUAGCACUCGUUGGAAGCUUGGAGAGUCCUUUGCUCAGGCCCUGAACAACAGGAGAGACAGUGUAAAGUGA